AUGCGAAUCCGAGGUCUGAAUUGGGGCAUCGGUCCUGUGCCUGCAGAUCACACCAAGACGCACGACCCUUUCAAGCGUCGCAUUUUGCCUGCACUUUGUGGCUACAAUUGGGCAGUUGAUCACAAUGCGCAGUGGCGCGUGUCUGGGGCGUUCAACGCUCGCGGCAAGUACAGGAAUCCAGACUACGUCAUCAACGUGGGCGACAACUUUUAUUGGGGUGGAGUGGACUGCCACUGUGGCAAUAUGUAUCAGCGUUGCGACACCAAGCAGUGGAAGUGGAUCUACGAGGAAAUGUGGAAGGGUCCAGGUAUUGAUGACAAACCAUGGCUUGGAGUGCUUGGAAACCACGACUGGGGAGGCUGGCAGUUCAACAAGGGCUGGGACCAGGUGAUUGCAUACAGCUGGGGCGGCCUGCCAGAGUCUACAGGUCGUUGGUUGCAGCCAGCCAUCUAUUGGGCUGCACCCGUACAUUAUCCUGGCUUCAACGUUGACUGGCUGUUUGUUGACUCCAACAUCUUCGACGUCAGGGAAAGCCCAUGGUGGGAUCCUGAGCACAACAUUUGCGGUGCUCAGCACAGUGGCACCUACGCAGGCGCAGGAUGUGGACAUUCCGGGCCGUACUCAGUGUUCGACUGUUCCAAGUGGUUCGGAGGUCUUUGGGACCGUCAGUCAGGCUGGCUCGAUGCAAAGCUAAAAGAAUCCGUUCAGAACAAAGUGGACUGGCAGUUCGUCGUCACCCACUUCCCUGCUUGGUGGGGUGAGGCGAGCUGGAAGUACCUGGCUUUUCAGUACGGUAUUGAUAUGUUUGUGACGGGACACGUCCAUCGUCAAGACUGCCUAGAGCAGUGGGAUUGGCGGAAUCAGUUCAAGCCAACAGUGACAAUCAUUACCGGCGGCGGUGGUGGCAUCACAUCAGAGUUUUGGCCAGACAACAACGGUAACGACGACCAGUAUGGUUUUGUUGAUGCAACCCUCUGGAAGGAUAAAGUGAAGGUUCAGAUGGUCUCUCAUGGUGGUCAAAUCCGCAAAACUCACGUCUUCACCAAGAGGGAGGCCCAAUGGAAGCCAAAGGAAUACAAAGGGUACUUUUCCAUCCCGUCAGAAGAAGCGGCCUAUGCAAAACUCCAUCCCCCCAAGCCCAAUCAGGCUGGGACCAGAGGUGACCAAAGGUUCUUGGCGGAGACGGGUUUAAGUGAUCUUGGAUGA